CAACUCGCCAUGCACAAGCUGUACAUUGGGAAUCUAGGCGACAGCGUGACUGCUGAGGACUUGGGUAAAACCUUUGACGACCACAAGAUCCCGUACUCCGGACAGUUCCUCAUGAAGACCGGCUAUGCCUUCGUGGACUGUCCGGACGACCAGUGGGCCAUGAAGGCGAUCGAGGUGAUUUCUGGGAAAGUGGAAAUUCAAGGCAAACGCAUCGAGGUGGAGCACUCCGUCCCCAAGAAGCAAAGGACGAGGAAGCUGCAGAUCAGGAACAUCCCGCCUCACCUGCAGUGGGAGGUUCUGGACGGGCUGCUGGCCCAGUGGGGUCCUGUAGAAAACUGUGAACAAGUGAACACAGACAGUGAGACGGCCGUGGUGAACGUCACGUACGCGUCCCGGGAGCACGCCAGGCAGGCCAUCCAGAAGCUGAACGGGUACCAGCUGGAGAACAACGCCCUGCGAGCCUCCUUCAUCCCCGAGGAGAACUCGGAGCUGGAGGGAGGCCAGCGGGGGCCCGACAACGGCCGGCGCCCCGGGUACGGGCCCCGCGGCGGGCCCCGGGGGGGCUCCCCGAGCUCCGGCAUGCCGGCCAAACCUCCACACACCGACAUCCCUCUGAGGCUGCUGGUGCCCACUCAGUACGUAGGAGCCAUCAUCGGCAAGGAGGGCGCCACCAUCAGGAACAUCACCAAGCAGACGCAGAGCAAAAUCGACGUGCACCGCAAGGAGAACGCCGGCGCCGCGGAGAAGCCCAUCAGCAUCCACUCCACUCCCGAGGGCUGCUCCGCCGCCUGCCGCAUGAUCCUGGAGAUCAUGCACCAGGAGGCCAAGGACACCAAGACGGCUGACGAGGUUCCCCUCAAGGUUCUCGCCCACAACAACUUUGUUGGCCGCCUGAUCGGGAAGGAGGGACGCAACCUGAAGAAAGUGGAACAGGACACCAACACCAAGAUCACCAUCUCACCUCUGCAGGACCUCACUCUCUACAACCCAGAGCGAACCAUCACGGUUAAUGGCAGCAUCGAGGAAUGCUGUCGGGCGGAAGUGGAGAUCAUGAAGAAGGUCAGAGAGGCCUACGACAACGAUGUGGCAGCCAUGAAUCAACAGACCCACCUCAUCCCCGGGCUGAACCUGAGCGCUCUGGGCAUCUUCCCCCCGUCCUCCAACAUGCCCCCCCCUCCCUCUGGAAACGCCGUGGGCGGCGCCCCCUACGGCUGCUUCGGGGCUCCGGAGCAGGAGACGGUCCAUGUCUACAUCCCGGCCCAGGCAGUGGGGGCCAUCAUCGGGAAGAAGGGGCAGCACAUCAAGCAGCUGAGCCGCUUCGCCGGAGCCUCCAUCAAGAUCGCUCCAGCUGAAACUCCUGACUCCAAGAUGCGGAUGGUGAUCGUGACGGGGCCGCCCGAGGCGCAGUUCAAGGCUCAGGGCCGGAUCUACGGCAAGCUGAAGGAGGAGAACUUCUUCGGGCCAAAAGAGGAGGUGAAGCUGGAGACUCACAUCAAGAUGGCCGCCGCCGCUGCAGGGAGGGUCAUCGGCAAGGGAGGAAAGACGGUGAACGAGCUGCAGAACCUGACGGCAGCUGAGGUGGUGGUUCCCCGAGAGCAGACGCCUGACGAGAACGACCAGGUCAUCGUCAAGAUCAACGGACACUUCUACGCCAGCCAGCUGGCCCAGAGGAAGAUCCGGGACAUCCUGACCCAGGUCAAGCAGACUCAGAAGGGGGGGGUGGGCCCCGGCCCCGGCCCCGGACCCGGCCCCCACCCUCAAGGCUUCACGGAGAUGGGCAGCCCCCCCCAGGGACUGGCUCAGGACCACCAGCCACGCAGGAAGUGA